UUCUCUGACUGCGAGAUUGCGACGGCCGACGGGCUUGACAAAAGCAAGACAACAAGAUCAACCGAGACUAACUUUUUUGGGGUCUAUUGAAGGGUUUCUUAUACAAUAAUGGAUAGGAUCAGUCCAUUGCCAGAUGAUUUGAUCUUGAAGAUAUUGUCAUUCCCUCGAACAGAAGUUGCUAUAACCACAAGCCUUUUGUCAAAACGUUGGCGUGAUGUUUGGAAACAUGUGCCGAAGCUUGAGUAUUAUGCUCCACGAGCUUCCCCUUUUGUUCAUAACUUUUUGCUAUUACACAAGGCUCCUGUCCUACAAACCAUGCAUGUCAGACUUUCCCAAAAUCAUCGUCCUACAGAUAUUGAAAUCUGGUUUAGAGUUGCAGUUGAACGUGGUGUGCGCAAACUUCGUUUUCACAAUUAUCUAUUCGGUCCAGAGGAGGCCAUACGGUUGCCUGGGAGUCUGUAUACAUGUCAAACCCUUGUGAGUUUAACCCUGUUUUCAGCUGUCAUUGUGGAUGUUCCUUUGACAAUUUGUUUCCCGUCACUCAAGGCUUUGAGGCUUAGACAUGUGGAAUUUUCAAACGAUGAAAUCGUUCCUAGGAUUCUAUCUGGUUGCCCUGUUCUUGAAGACCUAGCUAUAACUAGAGUAAACAAUGGAAACAUGAAAACCUUCACAAUCAUGAUUCCUUCAUUGCUGAGAUUAGCAGUUUGGGACUUGAAAUCUGGUUCUCAAGUUCCAGGAGAUGAUAUUGGGUUAGUGAUCACAGCUCCUUCUUUAACGUCGCUAACUGUUGUCAGCCAAGUAAGUUGUUCACUAGUGAAUAUGCCAAGCCUCGUGAAGGCUAACAUCAAGCUUUCUUCACCUGGUGAUUCUAAGAAGCUUCUACAAUUUCUUACCUCAGCUAAACACCUUUCCUUAUGUGCAAUACCAUCAACGUUUUCAUAUCCUAUUGGCGUCUUCUAUCAUCUCGUGUCUCUAGUACUAUGUACAUGCUGUUCAGUUUGGUUCUGUCUUAUACUCCGACAAACCCCUAAACUCAGAGUUCUCAGAUUCCAACCAAUUGAGAGAUGUUUCGAUUAUGUUCAGAUUCAGUGGGAGCAAACAAGUUCUGUUCCUCAAUGUUUGAUCUCGAGUCUGAAAACUGUUGAGUGGAUUGAUUACCAAGGAAGAGACUCAGAGAAAAAAGUGGUGAUGUAUUUGCUAGAGAAUUCUGGACAGCUAAAGAAGAUGGCUAUUAAAGCCUUACCAUCAACCAAUUUGGAAAAGAGAUACAAGAUACUGCAAGAGCUGUCCUCUACGCAGAGGAGUUCUAAAAAAUGUCAGUUUUCCUUCACCUGA